CGAGCCAUAGAGUGGACGAGCUGACGGACAGACUUAACAAAAAAAAAAAACUUACCAACAUCGCGUAAAACCGUUAACAAACGCUGGCAUUAAAGUAGAGAAUAACGAAUACCGGACAACAAACACACAUUGACAAACCAAAAAUAAAAAAGUACUUAACUAAGCAAAGAAAUCAACGGUGAUUUAGCUUCAACUGAAACGUCAACCUCAUGCUUUAUUAUUUGUUCUUGUCUUUGUGUUCAGAGCAGUGCAAGAAAAGACCACUUUUUGUUUUGGUAAGCCCAACCAAAAAUCAAAACGAAAACGAUUUACAAAUUUGCAAUUAUUCGUAAAUCGUUAUACCAAACACAAAAAGCGCAUUAAAAAUUGGCAUAAAAUUCAUUAUUAAGAAAAAAAUUGCAAACGCGUACGCGAGUCAAAUUUGAUAAAAAAAAUUGGAAAAAAAUCCCAAAAUUAAGAAAGUCUUUGAACCCAUCAAGAAAAACAAAAUUCCAAAGGCUACACAAAUUGCCAAAGUGUUAUUGCUAAACAAAUAAAACGCCAAAAUCCCAUUAAUUGAAGGCCUAGUUAAUCAAGCGUUAAAAGAAGAUCGAUUCAAUAAACAACUCCAUUGACCAUGGAUAUGGCCUGGCGUUUUCGCAUCAUGAUUUUUGCCGUGGUGGCCUUGAUGGUAUUUGGAGACUUUUUCGGCUAUGGUGGCAUGAUGCGAGUGGUUAAAUCCGAUCCAAAUCAACAAACCGCAGCGGGGGCGGGCAAAUUCCAGCAGAAAAACGCCGAAAUCGAAAUAAGUGAAGUUCCCGAUUUGACUGAUUUAUCCGCUGAUGCUUUGCAGCAUAAGCGAAACUCUAUGAAAACUGAAUUAUCAGAUUCCAUCAAAGAUUCUUGCCUUCCAAAGAUGCUGUGCGAAAUGGCAGCUAAACCAGAAUACACAUUAACGGAGAAGGAAAAGGAUCUAAUGAAUUUAAUAAGAUCAUCCGCAAUGUCUUUGGCCAUGAAUGGCUCGCCCAGUAAAUGGCAUUUUGCAGCCCAUAUGGGAGAAUUGUUACGAUAUACCGGUGAUAGCAUGAGUGGACCCAUAGGUUGUGCCAAUCUGUGGCCCAACUGUCCCAUUAGUUCAAAGAAAUUAAUGAAACUAUCCUAUAAAGUGAAGCUGUAAGUGCUCAAACCAUGGAAAUCUCAAACAAAUGGAAAUGUCAUUUGGAAAGCAAAAGCAAAAAAGGAAAAUGUGAUUUAAAGUCGCAUAAUUGACCGAAAAGCCCUCAAAACCUUAAGCGCAAAAACGUUCAUAACUAACUCAAGAGAACCAGUUGCGGAAAAGUUCUUUCCAGAGCCAUUUUUGAUUAAUAACCAAGUCAGCUCGUACCCAUUCUUCACACCACUUCAUUUGAAUUUUGUCAAGUAAAUUGUUUUCAUUGCUUUCCCCUAAAAUCCAUUCAUACUUCAUAGGACUUUAAUGUCUGCGAAUAAUUUUGCGGGUUUUCAUUAAUUUAUGCGUAUUUUAAUUGUAAAUAUUUUUUAAGUUUUAGCUUAAUUUUGGCAAAAAAUUAAAGCCGCUAUUGCGAAUGAAAUUAGAAUUUUUUGCACACUAGUCUAAACUGCUUUUGGCUACUUAAAUCGAGUUAUUAUUAAGUGGUCUUAAUUUUUUUGUAUGUAUGUAAAUACAUUUUUAUCGAGACUUUUAUUUUAUAAAAAA